UUAGACAAAACGACGUCUCGGAGAUUGGAAUUCCGGAUCGUCUCUCCGCUUCAUGUUUCAAUCCGAUUUCACGCAACUUCUGCUUCGCCAAGGACUUCACUUGCAAGGCGAGUUUCUUCAUCAAGCAAAGUGGUUGAUGAUGAUAUGCGUGUGUUAGGAUAGAAUCUUCAUACCUGGGGGAGAAGAGGAAAAGGAAACAGAUUAGCGAAACCUGAGAUUCGAUCUUCUCUGUUCCAUUCGCAAUGCACCAUUAGUUUCUUAUGUGUGGAGUGUCUCUACUCCAUCUUGUGUAAAUCCGUACAGUCCUUGCCAAAUCUUUGGAGUUGGCUUCACAAAAGGCGCCAUCAUAGGAUUGUGUCUCAUAUUUAGUAUUAGUAUAGAAAGGUGGUGAGAUAGUAAUAUGGCUGAUACCAGUCCAAGGACUUCUAUAUCAACAGAUGCUGACACGGAUCAUAGAGAUCAAAUGUUCAAUGGAGGGCAACUGGUUGUUGCUGCUUCUGAUUCCAGCGACCGAUCAAAGGAUAAGUUGGACCAGAAGCCACAGACCCUUCGUAGGCUUGCUCAAAACCGUGAGGCGGCUAGGAAAAGCAGAUUGAGGAAGAAAGCAUAUGUUCAGCAGCUGGAGAACAGCCGAUUGAAGCUGACACAACUCGAGCAAGAGUUCCAAAAAUCAAGGCAGCAGGGUAUCUUCAUGUCGAGCUCAGGGGAUCAAGCUCAUUCUACUGGUGGAAAUGGGGCUAUGGCAUUUGAUGCAGAAUACUCACGGUGGCAGGAAGAAAAGAGCAGGCAUAUGAACGAGCUGAGGUCCGCUCUGAAUGCUCAUGCAAGUGAUGCCGAGCUUCGAAUAAUCGUUGACGCAUUGAUGGCUCACUAUGAGGAGCUUUUCAGGAUAAAGAGCAAUGCAGCUAAGAACGACGUCUUCCAUUUAUUAUCCGGAAUGUGGAAAACGCCUGCCGAGAGAUGUUUCUUGUGGCUUGGAGGCUUCCGUUCUUCCGAACUUCUCAAGCUUGUCGCGAGUCAAUUGGAGCCAUUGACGGAACAACAGUCAAUAGGCAUAAUUAACUUGCAGCAGUCGUCCCAGCAGGCCGAAGAUGCGUUGUCUCAAGGGAUGGAUGCCCUGCAACAAUCCCUUGCCGAGACUUUGUCGAAUGGAACUCUUGGUUCUUCAGGUUCGUCUGGGAAUGUCGCAAACUACAUGGGCCAGAUGGCAAUGGCAAUGGGGAAAUUAGGAACCCUCGAAGGAUUUAUCCGCCAGGCUGACAAUUUGCGGCUACAAAUGCUGCAGCAGAUGCUGAGAAUAUUAACGACCCGUCAGUCAGCUCGGGCUCUCCUCGCAAUUCACGAGUAUUUCUCGCGGCUAUGCGCUCUUAGCUCCUUAUGGAUUGCCCGACCAAGAGAAUGAACUGAACCCGACAGAGCUCUGUCCGUUAGUUCCUACAAGACCAAAUGACUCGCUAUUCGGAAAACACUUCUUCACAGAAAUCACAAAAGCCUUGGAGUUUCAACCUUGAAAUCUCAGCAUAUGGUUGAAGAAGAAGAAGAUGAAGAUGCUCAAAAUCACAGAGAGAGAAGUGGCUGUUGAUAUGUGAGAUGGAUUGUACUGAGUUGUGUAUCUUGUAAAUUUAGCCUUUAAAGUUUAUUUAUGGUUUUGAUUAUUGAAGGUAAUAAUGAUAUCAUAUUGUAAUAUGCUUAAGUCAGAAGCUGUUGUUGUUGUAAACUAACAUUACCCCACAGGCUAAUCCUAUUAGGGAUGUUGGGUUUUACAAUGUAGCAAAGUUUAAACCUUUUUAUGCAUCCCCAAGUUACAGA